AUCGCCCCUCGCGACUGCAGCUCUGUUUCUAUGACUCCCCACGAACUGUACGGCUCAUCGAUCGGAGUACUCGGGUGCAAGAUCAAUACAAACCACGUUGCAUACUGGCCUACCGCGGUCGGUUGCGAUGAUAUCUGCGUAAAGGUCUCCUACGGCGGCCGCAAAGUCUACCUGCUAAAAAUUGACCAUUCCGAGAGCAGCUACGACAUAUCCUACGCCGCUUGGAACUGGCUUGGCUUUGGCAAGCAUGCCACCCAAGAACCCCAGAUGGGCGGUGGCAUUACUAUGGAGUAUAAAACUGUCCACCCUAGCAAGUGCUACGACCUGCUUGACAAUGGAAAGCUGCCUCUUAUGGCUGCCAACAGCAUGAACUACCUGACCUCGUGCCUUUCCCAGCCUAACAGCUGGGUCGCUAAGAACUAUCGUCUUUUUAACAUUGGUAAUGACAUCUGCACGUUGGGUGUGGAUGAGGUCUGUACUGUCAACCUUGCCGUAUCCAAUCAACCCGUAUGCCCUAGCGGCCUUGGUUCCACGGCGGAGCUCAACCUAACGGUAAUAAAUAUUGCCUACGGCACGGGUAAGCAGAUCGAAGCAUUGUAGACCGAAAUACGACGCUCUAUUAUGAAGCACCGAGCUAGGAUAUGAAGUGCACCACUCGCCAUGGAUGGAAUGAGAUGAAAUCAUACAAAAAAGACAUUUUAGACAGUGACGCUGCAUGCAAGGUUUAGGC